AUGAGUCGCACGACAUCCAUUUCCGCCGCCUUAUUCUUGACGCCCUCGGACUACGACCUAUACCUUCAAUGGCAGGAGGCAGAGGGCACAAGUGAAGAGCACCUAGGCUAUGUCUCUUACGCAGUCGAGUAUCAUGACUUCACUAUCUGGCGGGCCACUGGCUGGCCGUGCCUGCAGGAGCAUUCAACGGCUCGAUCAAAGUACGUCCAGGGCAAGCAAAGAGUAGCUUCCAGGUGCCUACAUACCCUCCAUCUAGCUAGUUUUAUAGAGACUGAAUGGUGUCCUGUAUGUGAGGUGAAUAUCUGCCUGGAGUUCCUGGAAGCAUUGGUUCAAGCUUACGAGAAGGUAGGAAGACAAAUGCGGGAAAGCAAGUUGGAGAACGAGUACGAGCAACUUGUCAGAAAGCACAAAGCAAUCCGCAUGGGGUGGCGCAUGGCAAGGCUUGAGCUGAUUGAAGUCGUCCGGUAUCAUGAGGAAUUGGCCACAUGCGAAAUGGAAUGGGAUCUCCACUAUGACGACCUAGAUACGGACGACAGUCAUUCAUCGUCCUUCGCCGUAACUCUCGCAGUGUUAGAGACAAGGCAUCCGGCGGACAUUGUGUCUCAGGAAGAGCUAGCGAUGAUGCAUUCGGACCGUACCCCGAAGAAAAAGCCCCAGGCAACCAAGAAGGUGCGCUUCGCAACACAGUUGGAGACCACCCGAAGUCCGCGCCACGAAGACACCUUCGACCGUAGCAACAAGCAAUACCAACCCGGAAAAUGGGCCUGCCCCAUUGCAGAAGGAUGGCAAGACACUAGCUUCUACAUGUCCGACCUCCAUAACCUUCAACAGUUCAAGGUCUUUAUCACUUCUAUAGAGGAUCCGGACGAUGUCGACAUGAGCAAGGGUGAUGAAGGACCGGCAGGUCUGCAUCCCUUCUGGCCGCAAAUCGAAUUCAUUUGGGAACGAUCCAUGAAAAACGCGAAUCGAGCGCAGUACAAGCAGCUCAUCAAAAAGAUGGACGAGAGCGAAGCUGUAGUGGCUUUUGUGGAUAAUAAUGGCAAUGUGGCGGACAUGGCGUUUGCAGGUCGGCCUAAGGAUACGGAGUGGAAGCCGGAAAUUCCACCGCCUUCGGACAUGGCCUGGACUUCUCUCCAGAUGCACCUCUGA